AUGAGUAUUAAAUUAUUAGACGGGUCAACUAUACCGAGUUUUUUAGAAGAUGAAGAAGCAUUUGAAAGUUGGAUUGCUAACCGGUUUGCAAGCCUCGACGUCAACAAAGACGGUAAUCUUUCUUAUGAGGAGAUGAUGCCAGAGAUAGAAAGCUUGAGGGUGCUUAUGAAGGAUCUUGAGCUUGAUGCCCGUGAAGAACAUGAUAAGACCAAUGACUAUUCCUUGAUUUUGAAGAAGUUUGAUCGCAACUCAAAUGGAAAAGUGAACAAAGAGGAUUUCAAAGCUGAGACAAAGAGGAUAAUGCUUUUGGUCGCAGUUAGACUUCUUAUGAAAGCAGUUGAGAAUGAAUUUGCAAAAUUGAUUGUUUUUUCUAAUUAA